CAAACAUGAAAAGUCUCGCUCUACAUUUACCGGCCUUUGCGGUUUUAUUUUACGGCUUGUCGUGGGACGUGAUCAACGUUAGCAUUGGCUGGGAAGGUUAUGGAGGGAAAUUCAAAUACCUGACUUUUUGGGAUCAGUGACUUUGUAUAGACGUCCAGUAUGGAACAUCCUUUAACUGUGUUGUACCAUGUGACUAUCACACUGACUUAUGCAGCUUCCUUGUUGUAUAACAUCUUGUAUGUUAAUGAGGAAGGAGGAAACACUUUAACCUACAGAGGAUAUGGAGGGAAAUUCAAGUUCCUCACAUUUUGGAACUUUUGUCUUCAGACGUUCUAUUUUGGCUUAUGCGUGGUCAAUGACUUAACAGGGACAAACCCCGGGCCUGGUCCCGCACAGAGAAAGAAAUCCAGUCUGAAAGCCUUCAUUGACAAAUUCCUGGCCUCUAUAGGCUUCCCCAUGGGUGUUUUUGUGGUGACAACAUUUUGGGCAAUCUUUUACGUAGACAGAGAGCUGGUGUUCCCGAGAAAACUGGACGGCAUUAUCCCACCCUGGCUCAACCACAUCAUGCACACUGUACCUUUACCAUUCCUGCUGUUGGACAAGUACAUGGUGUACCACGAAUACCCACCCCGGGGAAAGGCCAUGUUAACCACUAUUGUCUUUGCAUCUGUAUACCAAGCCUGGAUACUGUGGAUAGCUUAUUACACCAAUUUCUGGGUGUACCCAGUCCUGGAAGUUCUGAACAACGCUCAGCGAUGUGUGUUCUUCCUCACCCUCUGGGCAUUCCUCAUUAGCAUCUACCUGCUGGGGGAGGGGCUGUCAGGAUUCUGGUGGAGAUACGAGAAGGCAAAAGCUGUAACAUCCAAAAAACGCUGACAAGAAUUAUUUAUAGAAAAGAAAAAUUAUUUCAUUUGAAUUUGCUCAUAAUAUAUAGAAUGUAAAACAUGUUUAUGUGGAAACUUUGGAGUUUAGAACAUGAUUGUAUAAUACAUAGAUUUCAUUUAUUUAGAGACUUUGUACUGUUUUAGGGUACUUUAGCAACUCCAGCACUCAUAACAAUGACUUAAGGUGAUGCGUAAUUCAAUAUUUCAGUUUUAAUUUAAUAAUUUAAGUUUCAAUAAAUUGUCCAUUCUUGAAAAUGGUUUCAGUAAAACUGAAAUAUUGAAUAAGGGUGCAUCAUUUGUUGACACAGUACUCUACAUUAAUAGCGAAGUUUAUCAAUGGAAAUCUUAAUCUUAAAUUAAUUUAAUAAUUUAAGUUUCAAUAAAUUGUCCAUUCUUGAAAAUGGUUUCAGUAAAACUGAAAUAUUGAAUAAAGGUGCAUCAUUUGUUGACACAGUACACUACAUUAAUAGCGAAGCUUAUCAAUGGAAAUCUUUGUACUGUUGAAAGGAUAUAUAAAGUGCUUUAGUUUAAUUUCCUAAUGUGCAGUUUAGGACAUGUAAUGAGAUGUUUAAAAAAUUUCAACCUUUGUUUUG